AUUAAUUAAAUGGAAACAGGACGCGAAUAGCAAUUAAUUUUAUUGUAAGCAAGGAUGAGUGACUUAUCUCAUUGAUAAAUAAACAGUGUGAGCGACGAUUGUGAACAUUCAUGUAGACUGGAUUAUGAAACGUUAGUACUUAGAAGAUUAAUUGUUGAAACAGUAUAAAAGAGUAUAGCAAGAUAAUGCGUUAAGUGACAAAACCUAAAAGGAAAAUAUAAGCCACAUCUCGUGUCGGAGCGACUGAUUGACUACAUAUUCGGGGUCAGAUGCCCGAAAACAACUACGAGCUAGAGGACGUCACAGUGAAGUACAAGUCGGACAUUAAUUCUCUGAACGAUAGCGCGCCACGUGACCGAGGCAUGUACAUCAGCACCGCCAAGGCGUUCAUACUCGCCUUCCUCGCUAUCGCCAUCGCCGUCGGUGUCGGCAUCAUCGUGCACUUCGCCGGACCGGGGUCAACAUUUGAGUGCAAAUGUACUUAUCCGACGACGGAUAGCGGAUCGUCGUCGGCGGCAAUGCAGCAAUGCAAAGACUGGGCGGCCGCGGGCAACGCGGUGAUAUGUAGCGCAUGUAAUGCCACAAGUUAUACGCCGUAUCCCAGCAACGUCUCUACCUCAAACCCCGUCCCCACGGGACCGCCGAAGACGACACCAGCCACACCAAAACCUACUGUGAAGGAUGUACGGAUACCCCUGCACAUGAUGCCUAUCAAGUAUACUGUGGAGCUACAGGUGUUCAUGUACGCGCCCCUGGAGCCAGCAGCGUUCUAUUUCAACGGAAGUGUCAUCAUUAGCUUUGAAUGCAAGAAUGCUACAGACAAGAUUUACCUGCACUCAAACAAGCUCAACUACACAGGGCCAUUUAGGGUAACAACUGAAAAUGGCAUUGAGGAUUUGUACCGAAAUCACACAUUCGACAUGGAUCGCCAGUUCCUGAUCGUGCAUCUUACCCAGAAAUGUGCGCUCAACAACAAAUACAUUCUGGAGAUCCCGCACUUCCGAGGACCGUUGGUCUCCGACCUGGCCGGUCUGUACCUCAGCUCGUACAAACGCGGCAACCAAACCAUCCACAUCGCCACGUCACAAAUGCAGCCGACAGACGCCCGCAAGACGUUCCCAUGCAUGGAUGAGCCUGCAAUAAAGGCGCAGUUUGAAGUGACCUUGGUCCGCAAGAGUCACAUGGUAUCGAUCUCAAAUAUGCCGAACAUCUCCAUGGAAGCAAGGGGUGACAACUGGUUCGCGGACAAGUUCAAAGUGACGCCCAAGAUGUCUACCUAUCUACUCGCCUUUAUUAUCUGUGACUUUCACUACACAAAGGCCAUGACCGAGAAUAACGUAACGUACCGCGCAUAUGCACGCCCAGAUGCAAUCGAUCAGACCCCAUACUCGCUGGAGACUGGUGUGAAAAUCCUGACGUUCUUCGAGAAGUACUUCAACGUUACAUACCCACUCCCUAAACAAGAUAUGAUUGCCAUCCCCGACUUCGCUGCGGGUGCCAUGGAGAACUGGGGUCUGAUCACGUACAGGGAGACCGCAAUGCUGUACCAGCCCGGGGUGUCCUCGGCGGGCAACAAGCAGCGCGUGGCGAUCGUGGUCUCACAUGAGUUGGCGCACCAGUGGUUCGGUAACCUGGUGACGCCCUCCUGGUGGGACGACCUGUGGCUCAACGAGGGUUUCGCCAGCUACGUGGAGUACAUGGGCGUGGAUCACGUGCACCCUGACUGGAAGAUGUUCGAACAGUUUGUGGUAGAGGACCUGCAAGACGUGUUCAACUUUGACGGCCUCAUCUCAUCUCACCCUGUCUACGUACCAGUGGCUCACCCUGACGAGAUCAACGAGAUCUUUGACAAGAUCUCAUAUGCCAAGGGCGCCACCAUAAUACGGAUGAUGCGCUUCUUCCUAGGGGAUACUAACUUCCAAAAGGGUCUCACGGAUUACCUUCGCUCUCUGGAAUACGAAGCAGCCUUUCACGAUGACCUGUGGUACGCGCUCGGGAACCGCUCUGCCUUCCACGUGAAAGAGGUAAUGGACACAUGGACGCUGCAGAUGAACUAUCCCACCGUCAUGGUGUCUCACAACCAGCAGGGGCGUCUAAGCCUAAAACAGAGCAGAUACCUGCAGGAUCCCAAUGCAGCGGACCCGGGCAAAUACGUCUCGCCUUUCGGGUACAAAUGGGAGAUCCCAUUUACGUAUACCACGAGCUCUCAACGAAGAUUUGACGUGACGUCUAAAGACAUCACAUGGCUGCACAAAACAGGAAAUGACAUGGUUGUGAUGGACAACGCUAUCCCCGCUCCAGGUGUAGGAUGGGUGCUAGGCAAUCCGAUGCAAUACGGAUACUACCGAGUGAAUUACGACAGGACGAACUGGGACAUGCUUAUACAGCAGCUCGUUACUAACCACACAGUUAUUCACGCGAUCAACCGCGCGCAGAUCAUCAACGACGCGUGGAGCUUGGCGCAAUCCGGGGACCUGGCGAUGGAGGUGGCACUGCAGACGACCAACUACCUGGACAAGGAGCGCGAGUACGUGCCAUGGGCGGCCGCCUCUUCGCAGCUGUCCUUUGUCAACUCCAUGCUUGCCAGACACCCACUUUACGGUUCCUUUAAAAAUUUUAUGCGGAGCAAGACUGGGGACGCAUUCAAAGAGCUGACGAUGAAUAACACUGGCUCUACUCACCUAGAAUCAUUCUUACGGUCCACCAUUUCUGACCUCGCAUGCGUGUAUGGCAACACGCGUUGUAUUGACGAGGCAAAGAGGCUGUUCAGGCAAUGGAGGGAUAACCCUGAUAAUAACCCGGUGGACCCAGGUAUCAAGAGCACGGUGUACUGUACGGCGGUGGCGGAGGGGACGCUAGACGACUGGGAGUUUGCGCUUGCGCGAUACCGCGUUGAGAAUCUUGCCGCCGAUAAAAUGCGUCUUCUGUCUGCCCUUGCCUGCUCCAAGGAUUCUUGGGUACUUAGUAGAUACCUGCUGAUGGCGAUAGACAAGAGCAGCCAGGCCGACAUCCGGAAACAAGACGCAGUCAACGUGAUCAUCUUCAUUUCCCGGAAUGUUAUCGGCAGGUCGCUGGCGUGGGACCUGUUUAGGGAUAAAUGGGACUUCUUCCUAAAAGAUUUCGGCGGAGGCUCGUUCGGCUUCACCAAUCUGAUCAGCGGACUCACUUCUUCCUUUAACACCGAGUUUGACCUGAGUCAGUUGAAAGCGUUUAAAGAGAGCAAGAAUGAUCUCGGGUCCGGAGCACGUGCUUUCGACCAAGCGCUCGAGAAGACACGGAGCAACAUCAAGUGGAUGACAGCACACGUCCCAGUCAUACAAAAAUGGUUGGAGAGCCAAAACACAUAGAUAUAGUAUGUCUGUCCGUCCAGUGUCCAACUCGGGAGUCCUGUAUCACCACGUGCCAUUACUUCUUCUUACACGAAUGUGUUUGUUUACAAUUACUACUUGUUAAAUAUACUGUGAGCGUUUGAUUCGUUGUAAAUCGAA